ACCGCCUCUACUUGCACUGUCGAUAUCCAAAACGAUGCACUAUUGACUAGAAGAUAUCUUGCAACUGGAUUAGACGUUCUCAUUUUAGUAGAAACCUCCGUCGUCGAUGCCUGUAGACGUUGAACAGCUCCACCUUCAAAUUCAGCAACGUUUGAUUGAAACAGGAGAAUGGGAAAGAAUCAAAUCUAAUUUCAAAGCAAAAUUGGAUGAAACCGGUUGGACUGAUGAUUUUCGAGACAAGAGCAAAGAAAAAGCUCGGGAUAUGGACGUCCUGUCAUUUCAAAGUCUCCUCAGUGAACUAUCACCUGUCGCACAUACGACGAUUCCAUUAGCCGUCCGCCGGGAAGUCAUGGCUGCCAUCCAAAAGUACUUGGAGAAACAGUUCGAAUGAUAUUAAGCUGUGGAUAGAUAGCCCGUAAUCAAUAUUCUCAACUACUAUGAUACUUGAGUGAUUUGUUUCCGAGGCUGUCCUCGAAUGUCUUUCAUCUCCUCUAUAAUAAUCUUCUUCCCCAAGUCCUUAAUGCUGACCGAAUCCACUGACCCAGGGACCUCGAGGGCAUCCUUCACUUGAGCGAACCUAGUUUUUCCAACACCGAUUGGCAUUCUUUCCCACUUCGUGAUCCUCAUUCCUACACCACCCAUUUGAUGUCUAACAAGAUACUUUGUCCAACGAUCCACAACCUCGGG